AACAUACACACAGUACACAAUUAUAACUAUAUACCUAUUAUUUUUACUUCCUCGUUCUUCAUAAAGAGGGCGCUCUGGAACGUUUAGUCUAGAUCUAGACUAGAAAAUGUAAACAAAGCAACAAGGAUACGACGUUUCACGUUUUAUGUAAUUUCAUAAUUUUGAAGGUACCUGGGCUUAUUUUGACAUAAUUAUAAGCAAUUGUUGAUGUUGGACGGCUGCCGCGGCGUCAAGGACAAUCGCAAUAAGAAUGGCUAACAACACUCAUUCGAAGACAAAAGAUAGUAGGCUCCAAGGUGGAAUUGUAGAUCAUUUGUGGCUCAUGUUUGAGAAAAGCAUGAACACAGACCUCACAAUUGUAGUAAGGGGCAAUCAUCAGAAUCAACAGGCGUUGAAAGUCUUCCGGUGCCAUAAAUUGGUUAUGGGGAGGCUGUCUAAAUUGUUUGACGGAGAACACAUGUCACAAGUGAAUUUGACAGUGUCGGAUGACACAGACCCUAAAGCUUUUCUCGUUGUAAUUAGGUAUGCUUACACAGAUAUGCUGGUGUUGACAACUGUCGAGGAGGCCAUUCCAAUCCACAAAGUAGCGUGUAGCUGCGAAAUGCACCAGUUGAAAAAAGAUUUAGAAGCUUUCAUGCUGAAGACAGCAAACAAGGAAAGUGUGUGGAAUCUCCUUAGCUACUCAAACAGAGGAGUCAACCUAACUGAAUGGGCACAAUCGUGUCUUGCUCAAGAAACAAAGGCCUGUUUGCAAAUACCCAAGUUUCUAUCCUGCAGCCAGUCAACUCUUCAAAUUUUGCUCAGCCUGCAGCAACUUGAUGUCACCGAACUGGAGCUGAUUCAGGCGGUCAUUCGUUGGACCCAGCACAACAACAAGGGGCGCCCUCUUGAACCAAAAUCCUCCAAGGAGCUCCUUGGUCUCUGCCUCAACCACUUGCGAUUCCUCUGCCUCACCCCAGCUGAGUUUUCAAGGCAUGUGGCCCAAAGUGGUCUCAUUUCAAAGGAGGACGCCCUGAUGGUGCUCAUCAACUUGAACACCGGCGAUGAAGCUGUUUUGCCACCUUACGUCUGCAAGAUUCGCACUCCAAGGCAAGAGUCGGGUCAUUCUGAUCCUGUGUCACGCCUGUUGAAGGAGAAAAAUAAGGACACAGAAAGUCCCAUUGCAGCGAAAAAGAUAAAAAUAGAGCAAGAGGAGCCAACAGUUCCUCUGGCUUGGGAGGAUGAAGCAAGUGACACCAACAAGGAAAAGCUCAACGAGUCCGAGGUUUUUUGCUACAGGCGCAUUGAUCAAAAAUUUGUCCACCUUCCUCAAAUUUUCAGAACUCCUAAAAAUGUUCGCAUGGAUUUGAAGAUCUCCAAGAGAGCUGCUUUAGUAGGCUUUAAAUUAGAAACACAGUUCAAGUUGUUGCGUAAUGCCAAUGCCACUGAAUCCAGCACAUACAAAGAGAGCAUAUGCAUUGAUGUGAAAGGGAAUGCGACACUCACACAAGCUGCGUGUUACAGUGGCCCAGCAAACUAUGACGGACACUUAGAUAUUCGUUUUAAAAGACCUUUGAAGCUAGAAGCAGAUGUGUGGUACUCAAUUUAUUUUGAUAUGCGCUGUCCUGGAUUUUACAAAAAUUACGUGAGGCAAAAUUUGGUGUACACAAAAGGUGUAGAAGUGAAGUUUAACAGGGACAAAAACUGUACACAUAGUGCAAAUCCAAUUAUGGCGGCUAUUUUGAGCUUUAAUUGAGUCUGAUAAGACAAACAAUCAAAAUGACAACUUUGUCAAAAACAAUGCAUUUAUCUAAGAUUUUUUUUGAGCAAAAAAAUGAAUCAAUAAAUUUGAAGGUUGCAAAA